GCCGGUGACAAAGUGCCUGUGAAUUGGAUGGACGCACGCGUGCCAGAGACUGCAGGUGAAACGGACGAGGCCAUGAUCACGGGGGGGAAUCGAAUCCUGUCUCGUCUCCAAAGGCGUUGAUGACAUUGUCGUAUGGGCGGCACCAUGGUGCAUCGUUUUUGAGGCCACGCAUGUUGGCAGUGUGUCAAAGGCGCCCAUCCAGCAGACAAGCUGGCGAGGCGCUUUGUGUCAGGCAUCGUGUUGCUGUCAGUGUGUGGGUUACGCUGCUGACCUCGGGUGCCGCUGACACAUUGGAGCUCACGUUCAGUGCCGUGCUUGACAAGACGGGCACGCUGACGGUUGGAUCGCCACAAGUCACGUGCGUGCGCGUGCUCGGUGAUGACGACACGUGGAUGGAGGAGGACACCCUGUUGAAGCUGGUGACGGCUGCAGAGGCAAACAGCGAGCAUGCCCCUGGGCCAGGCGAUUAUGGUGCACGGCGGCGCUGUCUCCCGCGACGGACUUCACAGACGGUCUCUGCCCCAACGGCGAAGAGGGCGGUGCGCCUGCUGCGCCCGCACGGCCUGACCAUGGCCAUGCUCACGGGCGACAAGGAGGGCACUGCGCGGUCCAUUGGAGGCAGAGCAGCGUGCAGGAGCUGCAGGCGAAAGGGCGAGGUGGUGGCAAUAGUUGGCAACGGCAUCAACAUUGACCAUCCACUGGUCGUGGCAAGUGGCCACCUGUCCAGCGACACCAACGACGGAGUGCACACGAUCCGCCAAAGCACCAGCGUCCACGUCUCGGAGAUCCAAUCCAUUGCAACAGCCACUUCGUCACCUUCUCCUGUGCGCCUGUGGCAUCAUUUUGGCGAGGGCCAUGGCUUCAUCGGCACCAUGAGCGUGUCUGCGAGCAGAGAUCACCACCUGCUUUGUCGGAAGGCCGGUAGUUUUGACGGUGUUCAGCCUGGCCUCGUCGUCGUCGUCGUCGCGCGUGUUCCUGAUCCACAGCCCUCUUGCAGCAGGGCGCUCGUGCUCGCUGCCGGGUACGGUGGCGCAAGUGUUUGGGACCUGGACAAGCCCCUGCCGUGUGGCCGCGCUGCCGCCUUCCGUUUGGUGGCCAGCACAAUCGAUCAGAGGCAACAGCGGGGUGUGCACCAGCUCCGCAAUGGGGAGCGUGUCCUGACCACGUACACCCUGGAGCAGUGGAACAUGACAAGUGUUGUCAUUGUGCUGUGGAGCAUGCGAGGCUGGCAGCCAUCACUCAGCACCACGCCGGCCAGUGCCAGCUUUGAAUCAGCCACAUCAACACGCGACGCCAAGCACGUUCUCCUGUAUGGCCGAGCUUCGCGCGUUGCUGAGCUGCAGCGAGCCGUGCGCAUGUUCCCUGCCACCGUGAGCGCCGCCGUUCAGGAUGCCGAGACAGACACGCCUCUGCCUCUGUUGUCGAUUGCGGCCAACAAGGCCAGCCACGUGCCCGCACUCCGUGCCAGCGUGUCCUGGCUCGACUGCCGCCAUGGUGCAGUGUGUCGUGGACAAGCAGACGUCAUUGUGCUGAUGCGCACGUUUCCAAGCGAGCUUGCGCUUGCGACCUCCACCGCCGACAAGCAGUACAACCACCAGCAGCGAGCAUGA